AAAUGUUUAUGAUAUAUUUGAGGAAGCAGUAAGACAGCUUGGAUUAUUAGAUAAAGAAAAUAAUGAAUUUGAUAAAUAUCUUGAUAAGGCUGCAAUAUAUCAAAUGCCAUCUAAACUAAAAUAA